CGGGCUGCGGCGGCUGCGAGGCGGCCCCGCCCCGGGGCUCCAUUGUUGCGGUGGCCCCGGCUCUGCCGGCUGCUCCGCUCUGCCUGGCUUGGCCAGGGCGCCUCCGGCAAGGAGCGAGCGCUGCCGAGGCGGCGGCCUGAGCAAUGGAAGAGCUAAUAGUUGAACUUCGUCUCUUUCUUGAACUCCUGGACCACGAAUAUCUGACAUCCACCGUCAGGGAGAAGAAGGCAGUUAUCACCGACAUCCUGCUGCGGGUACAGUCGUCCAAAGGUUUUGAAGUGAAAGAUGCUGCAAAGCCAGAGACCCCCAACAGCCUGCCGGCCCCUCCCCAGAUGCCUCUGCCAGAGAUCCCGCAGCCAUGGCUGCCGCCUGACAGUGGGCCGCCACCGUUGCCGACCUCCUCGCUCCCGGAAGGCUAUUACGAGGAAGCCGUGCCCUUGAGUCCCGGGAAGGCUCCGGAAUACAUCACCUCGAACUAUGACUCAGAUGCUCUGAGCAGCUCUUACGAGUCGUAUGAUGAAGAGGAGGAGGAUGGCAAGGGGAAGAAGACGCGGCACCAGUGGCCCUCGGAGGAGGCCUCCAUGGACCUGGUGAAGGAUGCCAAGAUCUGUGCCUUCCUGCUGCGGAAGAAGCGCUUCGGGCAGUGGACCAAGCUGCUGUGCGUCAUCAAAGACACCAAGCUGCUGUGCUAUAAAAGUUCCAAGGACCAGCAGCCGCAGAUGGAACUGCCGCUCCAAGGCUGCAGCAUCACCUACAUCCCAAAAGACAGCAAGAAGAAGAAGCACGAGCUGAAGAUUACUCAGCAGGGCACGGACCCGCUGGUGCUUGCCGUCCAGAGUAAGGAGCAGGCCGAACAGUGGCUGAAGGUCAUCAGAGAAGCCUACAGCGGCUGCGGCGGGCCCGCCGACUCCGAGCGUCCGCCCCCCUCGAGCUCCCCGGUGCACAAGGCAGAACUGGAGAAGAAACUGUCUUCAGAGAGACCCAGCUCCGACGGGGAGGGUGUCACAGAAAACGGAGUGACUGCGUGUAAUGGAAAGGAACACGUUAAGAGGAAGAAAAGUUCCAAAUCCGAGGCCAAAGGGACCGUGACCAAAGUCACAGGGAAGAAAAUCACCAAGAUCAUCGGUCUGGGGAAGAAAAAGCCGUCGACCGACGAGCAGACGUCCUCGGCCGAGGAGGACGUGCCCACCUGCGGCUACCUGAACGUGCUGUCCAACAGCCGCUGGCGGGAGCGCUGGUGCCGCGUCAAGGACAACAAGCUCAUCCUGCACAAGGACAGGGCCGACCUGAAGACCCACGUCGUCUCCAUCCCGCUGCGCGGCUGCGAGGUCAUCCCGGGGCUGGACUCCAAACACCCCCUGACCUUCCGGCUGCUCCGCAACGGACAGGAGGUGGCUGUGCUGGAGGCCUCUUCUUCUGAGGACAUGGGCAGGUGGAUUGGGAUCCUGUUGGCUGAGACGGGGUCCUCGACCGACCCCGGGGCCCUGCACUACGACUACAUCGACGUGGAGAUGUCGGCCAACGUCAUCCAGACAGCCAAGCAGACCUUCUGUUUCAUGAACAAGCGUGGCCUGUCCCCUAGCCCGUAUCUAGGGAGCACCUCCAACGGCUACGCGCACCCCAGCGGGACGGCGCUGCACUACGACGACGCCCCCUGCAUCAACGGCUCGUUGAAGAGUAAAAAGCCCCCUGUGGCCUCGAAUGGGAUUACGGGGAAAGGCAAGGCUCUGAGCGCGCAGCAAAAAAAAGCCGAUUCAGCAGCCGGCGUGAAGCGGACGCCUUCAAACGCUGACCAGUACAAAUAUGGCAAGAACCGGGUGGAAGCAGAUGCCAAGCGGCUGCAGGCCAAAGAGGAGGAGCUGCUGAGGAGGAGGGAGGGCCUGCGGGACCGGCUGGCCCAGCUCCGGAAGGAGAGGAAGGGCCUGAGGGCGGCCAUCGAGGUGAACGCAGGCCGGAAGACGCAGACCAUCCUGGAGGAGAAGCUGAAGAAGCUGGAGGAGGAGUGCAAGCAGAAGGAGGCGGAGCGCGUCAGCCUGGAGCUGGAGCUGACGGAGGUCAAGGAGAGCCUCAAGAAGGCCCUGGCCGGCGGGGUCACCCUGGGGCUGGCCAUCGAGCCCCGAGCGGGGACGUCAAGUCCGCAGUCUCCGGUGUUUCGGCAUCGGACUCUGGAGAACUCGCCCCUGUCCAGCUGUGAAACCAGCGACGCGGAGGGCCCGGUGCCUGUCAACAGCGCGGCCGUCCUGAGGAAGAGCCAGCCGGCGCCCGGCAGCUCUCCGUGCCGGGGCCACGUGCUUCGGAAGGCCAAGGAGUGGGAGCUGAAGAACGGGACCUAGAGCUGGCGGACGCCCCGACUCAGGCAGCGUCGCCCGUCGAGGGACCGCAGGGAGCUGGCCCGGGGCUCCGGCUGCAGGAUGCCAGCUAGGCCAGGACCCAGACCCGCCGCGUGUAUCUGUCUACUGUAUAAUGGUGCCCUUUAAAGAGAUUCCUUGUACUGC